AUGUCCCUUGCUACAAAGAUACUUCCGACGGGCGAGCGAAGCCGAAUUGUCAGCACCGGUCCCAACUCAACCCAAUCGUCAGUGCUCACACUUUACGAUGGCAUGAUCGCCACAGUAGCGGGAGCAACCUUGUCUCCGGAAGAAACAAAGACACAUCUCACGGAACAACUACGGACAAAGCAAGGGAGCCAACAUCGUGCACACCCAUACAAACAUGAGCAUCUUUUGCUAACCCGACACUUUGGUCUACUGUGUCUGUUCCAGCCCAAACUGUGGGGAAGUCAAACACUUUGGUAUCCCUUCUCCAUACUAUUCGGACCGCCUCGGCUGCUAUUGCCUUGCAUUGCGGCACAGAUCGUUCCCCGCUGCGACGCGAUAUGCUCAUUACGGCUAUUAUCACGAUAG